CCUUCUAUAUGCAGGCUGAUCCUACGAUCUUGAUACUCAUCUUCGGCUAUGGCUUCUUCAGUGUUACUAAUUGCUCUUUCGAGUAUACCUACAAGCUAUGCCUGGGGUUCUCUAGGUCAUGAAACCGUGGCUUAUAUCGCCUCGCACUAUGUCACCGACCACACCGAGCAGUGGGCACAAGGUAUCCUGGACGAUACGUCAACUUCCUAUCUUGCCAAUGUAGCGACAUGGGCAGACAGCUAUCGCUAUACUACAGCGGGUGCCUUCUCUUCGCCUUUCCACUACAUUGACGCUGAGGAUAACCCACCAUCGAGCUGCAGUGUAGACUAUGAUCGAGACUGCGGAACUAAAGGCUGCUCGGUCAGCGCCAUUGCAAAUUACACAACAAGAGUACAAUCGAGCUCCCUUUCCGACCAAGAAGUAAACUAUGCUCUCCGAUUUCUCGUCCACUUCAUCGGCGACAUCACCCAGCCUCUCCACGAUGAAGCCUACGAAGUCGGCGGCAACGACGUAGACGUCACUUUCGACGACACGAAUACUAACCUCCACCACAUCUGGGACAGCAACAUGCCCGAAAAACUCCGCGGAGGCUACUCCCUCUCCGACGCACAGUCCUGGGCCAACGAUCUCAUCACCGAAAUCGACUCCGGCAACUACGAAUCACAAAAGGCUUCCUGGAUUUCUGGUCUCGAUAUCGAAGACGCCAAAGGCACAGCGCUCGAAUGGGCUACGGAUGCGAAUACGUUUGUUUGCUCCAAAGUCAUGCCCGACGGAGCUUCAGCUCUGACCAGUAGUGCGGAUUUGUAUCCGACCUACUAUGAUGGUGUGAUUGAUACGAUUCAAUUGCAGGUUGCAAAGGCCGGAUAUCGAUUAGCGAAGUGGCUGGAUGCUAUUGCGGAGAAGCAGACUGUGAGGAAGAUGAGGAGGAAUGUUGUGCAUGAUGAGGAGGAGAUUAUUGCGGAUGAGGAGCAGAAAGAUUUGAGUGGCGAGGAUUUGUUGCCAAGGAGAACGACGAUGAGUGUUGCUCAGAGGAGGAGAGAGGCCAUGGGGUAUAAUUGUAGACAUUAAUGGCCUAGUUCGGUGUCGUAGGUCAUCAUCAAGUGUAACAAAAGCUUCC